CAUGGGUAAUUGUUGAUUUUAUGGUGUCCUGAUUGUUGCGGUGUGUGGAGUUUUAACUUAAGUUCCAAGUUUGCUUCGAACGGUGCAAUCCACCGAUUACAUAGGCUUGUGCCUGGGUAUACGUAUUAAACCAUUUGUUUGUCCUGUUGUCAACUACAAGAUAAGUCUACUCACAAAAUUGUAUAUCGUAAGGGCCGGACCAGCUUUCGUGUAGCGUAUCCCCAACCGUUGAUACCAGUGUAGGGUGUACGAUUCCACUUGACAUUUUGUUUGGUUUUGAAAACUCUUGCCAAUUAAGAUGGAGGGAAAACAGCAAACGACAAGUCGACCAAGACCCGGUACCUCUGCAAGCAGCACGAGCUCAAAAGAAACAUGGAUGACUUCAAACAACGUGCACAGGAUGGGAAAGGGUGUCCUUCUUUACACCGGUCCAGAAGGCAAGAGUCAACAGAGAGUCCUUGUCGAGCCAGAACACCGCGGUGUUGGUAUUGGGACCCACUCCAGAGAACAAACAUCAGAACUCCUCUACCUCUGCCGUGCCCCUGCAGGAGUCAAGCUUGGUGAACAAAUGGCUAAGAAGCCCGGUGCAAUAGGGUGGGGGAUUCCCCCUAAAGGCGAUCCUCGCAAAUGGCCAGUCCAUAUGAAACUACGCAGUGAAGAGGAAAUGCGGGAAUCAUUUGCUGUUGACAGAGAUAUCUACCAAAGGCGAUGACGAUGGGAAACUACAGUUGCACUAGUGAUAUUCUCUGGAUGAACAACACUAGGAAUUGGAGAGAAAGAAAAAAUUAAAAAAACCUUUGAGAGCAAGCAUCUUAGCCAUCCCGGGAACAAGACUGCGAAAAUCUUUCAAUCUCUCUGAUACCUAUUUAUCAAUCAUUUAUCUGCCCGCACGUCGGUCUGUAUAAGCCGAUCCGUAUAAAGCUUACUCUCUCUCUAAAAAAAAAAA